AUGUCUCUGAUUCGCCUCUACAGACGGGACCCCAGUUCCACCCCGCUGCCGUACACCGCGUCUCCAUUGCAGCUAUUUUUCCGCGAUAUCAUGCUACUUCUACGGUAUUCAUGGGCCUUACCUGGGAUUUUGUUGCCUCUUCGGCUCGGACACACGACUCCUUUGGAUGAAUUAUACCUGUCGUUUGGAAGUUUGAUCUCUUUCUUGGUACAGGUAGUUUUGACUAUCGCCCAAAUUGCUUUCUUGGUCUCAAUCCCAUUGAUGGUUGUAUUCCAACUACCUGCCUUCUGGAUAUUCGUCUAUAUUGCUGUCUCUUUGGCACUUAAUUAUGGAGUAUGCAUGUUCGUCUUGAAUGGAUUUGAGAGGAUCUUGGCUUCCAAUGUUCCGGAGCCCAACCAACCAGGCCAUGAAGGGGAGUGUUGGUUCUUUAUUAAUGGCGUUGCGAACAGUCAAUACUGGCUCCAGAACAAUAUCGAUCAACUAGCCUAUUCCUUCGGCCGCAAGAUCACAGGCAUCCAUAAUCGCACUUCUGGCUUAAUAUUCGAUUUGAUCGAGUGUUUGAUCCAGCGUUGCUUCUCCUACGCUACAGGCGAUAUACGAAGUGCCUAUUACUUAUUGAAAAGGGAGUUAUUGAACCCAAACUGCGACAAAGUGGUCAUGAUCCUCCACAGUCAGGGCGGAAUAGAAGGCAGUUUGGUAAUCGAUUGGCUACUUGACGAACUACCGCAGGAUCUACUUCAUAAACUAGAGGUGUACACGUUCGGCAAUGCCGCCAACCACUUCAACAAUCCCCGCCAAUCCUCCACCUGUCAGCCUAUCGUCCGGUCGAUCGGGCAUAUCGAACACUACGCAAACUCACAGGAUGCAGUCUCCCACCUUGGCGUUCUUCAUUUCACCAAUGUCCCAAAUCGAUACCUAGGUCGGCUAUUUAUUCGUCCUGGGUCCGGCCACAUGAUGAACCAACACUAUCUUGAUACUAUGUUCACUCUCGGGCCGGAUCAUAGAGUACUCGAGUCAAAUGCAUUCAUGGACAAGGAAGUUAAUAUGAAAUGGGGUGAAUCGGAUAGGUUGUUAAACAGGCGAGAUGAAAACCGAGAGAUGACCCUGCUGCCAAUACCAAACAUCGAGGUUUCAAAUUCACCAGAAAGUCGACAGUCGAAUGGUUCUCCGACCUGGCGUGUUAAAGAUUUCAGUCGUCUCUGGCAGUAUCGAAAUGGUGGUACCCCAGGCAGGGCCCCGGGAUUACGACAAGAAGAUGAUCGAAGCCUGCUGUAA